AGUGCAACCACCUCACUUAUGCGGCGGUGGAAUCUUCUUCUGCAACGGCAGAGCUCCCUGCCAAGGAGACCUGCUGUCAAUUGCUCUCUGAGAUGGUACCAGGAACAAUCACGAUGGCUAUCGUCGACCGGCCUCCGGAAUUGUUCGUGCUCAGGAUCCGAGCCUAACACAGCAGCCAGCAGCAGCAACAACAAGGAGUCUUCCACUCCAACCACUGAUUAUCGAGCCCUAGGGACAUUCCAGGACCUGUUCACAUCCUCAUUAUACAGCCCAGGUUCUCCAUUAUUCCUUCCCAAUGGCACUCACGUCGUCAACAAACUCAUCUCCUUCCUCCGCACGCAGUAUCUCCAGUAUGGCUUCCGCGAAGUUCUAACCCCUACCAUCUACAAGCGUUCACUAUGGGAAGUGUCUGGUCACUGGCAGAAUUACAAGGAUGAUAUGUACGAGGUGCGAGGCCGGGGGGCUACUGGCGAGACCGACGGCGAAGUCGGCGAAGACGAGUCGUACGGCCUGAAACCGAUGAACUGUCCCGGCCAUUGCCUGCUAUUCAAGUCGCAAACCCAUUCGUACAGAGAACUGCCGAUUCGCUAUGCAGAUUUCAGCCCGUUGCAUCGCAACGAAGUCUCGGGGUCGCUGAGUGGGCUCACCCGCGUGCGCCGUUUCCAUCAGGACGACGGCCACAUCUUCUGCCGGCCGAAUCAGAUCAAGGGGGAAAUCGCAUCGGCUCUCGGAUUCGUGGAAAUGGCCAUGAAAACUUUUGGUCUGGGGCCGUAUCGACUCGUUCUGUCUACGCGACCGGAGAAGGACUUCAUUGGGAGCCUUGAGUUGUGGGAUAGUGCCGAGGCGCAGCUGCGAGAAGCACUAGAUAAUAGCGGGCGACAAUGGGAGAUUAAUGAGGGUGAUGGAGCGUUCUACGGGCCCAAGAUUGAUAUCCAGCUCCAGGAUAAGGCGGGCAAGUACCAUCAAUUGUCUACCAUCCAGCUGGACAUGAACUUGCCUCAACGAUUCGGGCUGGAGUACCAGGUUGCAGAAGGCGAGGAAGAGUACAAUCCCGCGAACCCCGGGAAGGCGACGCCUGUGCUGGUUCACAGGGCCAUUUUCGGCUCGCUAGAGCGAUUCCUCGCGCUCCUGAUAGAGCAAUACGCUGGUCAUUGGCCGUUCUGGCUUUCCCCGCGUCAAGGGAUCAUUCUGACCGUCAACCAGGACGAAGCCGUCUUGCGUCAGGCGCAGGAAGCAGCAGCCAAGUUGUCUGGUUUCCGUGCGCUUCUGCCGAACCAGGAUGCCGUCGAUGCGGCCACCGCUCCGGAGCCACUCUCGUCCGUCGACUCUACCUUCUUGAUUGAUGUUGACAAUAGCAGCCAGACCUUAGGGAAGAAGAUCCAGAGGGCCAAACAGAUGAAGUACAAUCUCAUAUUCAUUCUGGGAUCCAAGGACGUUGCAGACGCCAGUAUCACGGUCGACGUUACCGGCCAGAUGCUGAGUAAAACGGAUGCCGGGACACAGAAACUGAGGGCGGUUAUGGAGUCUCAUCUGGGACCCGGUUGCCUGCAAAACCCAAGGUCCGUCAAGGUCAAGGUGGACGACGUACAUGAUCUUUUGGUGGAGUUUGAGAAAAGGUUUCUGUGAAGAAGAUAUUUCUUGGGGGGCUUAGAUUCCGAUGGGCCUCUGGCCACGUCCACUGUAUACUAUUUCAUUGCAGGAACCAAAGAAUCAACUGUAAUUGAUGGUUUGCCAUCUGAAAAAAAAA